UUACUGCUACUACGAUAUCAUAAUUCUUAAUCCCAACAGCGUAGUAUAUGUGUUGAAAAUGUCAACCGGUACCAAAACAUUACUGGUGGUAAAGUAGAGGGGACUGGUAGCAAUUUGCAAACAAGCUGUUGAUUUACUUGAGAUAACCUCUGAAGUUAAGGUCGUACCUACUACUCGAUUUCAAGGAAAUACUUAUGUAAUCACUUUAAUGUCGCAUCUUCGAUAGUGACCAGCAAGACGUCAAAUAAGAGCCAAAUGGUCGUACUUGACGUAUCCAGGGUGUUACCUGGAAAUACACCACAAAUUUUUGCAACAGUUGCCGGUACCUUGACUGCAUUAUCUGAUGGUAUGCAUUAUGGAUGGUCGGCUCCCAUUAUACCUCUGUUGCAAUCACCCUCUUCGCCAGUACAAAUAAGCGAGUCCGACGUAGUAUGGAUAGAAAAUAUAUACUUGUUGGGAGGAUUGAUUGGAAUCCCUCUUACAAUAUAUAUUUUAGAUAAAUUUGGCAGAAAAAAUGCAAUGCUGAUUGCGGCGGUGGAGUACUUGAUUGCAUGGUUGUUGAUAGCUUUCGCCUCAUCGGUAGAAGUAAUAUUUGUGGCACGCCUUAUUACUGGAAUAGCGUCAGACAAUAACUUUGUCGCGACACCUGUAUAUAUAGCCGAAAUAUCUCAUAAAAAAAUACGAGGAAGAUUAGGAUCUCUCAUAUACAUCAUGAUGCUGAUAGGCAUCUUGCUGAUUUACUCAAUUGGACCAUUCAUAUCAAUCGCGGCGUCGUCCGCCGUUGGAGCAGGCAUUAUAGUCGUUCAAUUGUUAACGUUUUCAUUUAUGCCUGACAGCCCUUAUUAUCUCUUAGUGAAGAAUAAGAAAGAAGAAGCGAGAAGAGCGUUACAAAUACUCCGAUCUUCCAAAGACGUGGACGAUGAGCUGGACGAAAUCGCUAAAGUAGUGGAGGUGGAAAAUAAAGUACGCGGUCGACCUAAGGAAUUAUUUACCGUUAAAAGUAAUCGAAAGGCCAUUACAAUUAUGACCGUGCUUUGUUUUGCGCAGCACUACAGCAGCAUUAGUGUAAUGCUCAUGAAUAUUCAUAUGAUUUUGGAAGACGCUGCGGCAAUUAUUCCUGCAAGUACCGCCGCGAUUGUAUUUGCCGCUUUAAUGCUUUUGGCGUGCACCUUAUCGGCUUUUCUGAUUGACAAAGUUGGCAGAAAAAUUCUCUUACUGUCAUCGAGUUUUCUAACUGGACUGUCCCUGUUGGUACUCGCCUCUUACUUUGCCAUUAAAGAAAAUAACAUCGACGUUACGGAUUACAACUGGGUGCCAGUUGCCGCUGUGAUGGUAUACGCGGUUACCUUCAAAUACGGCUUAGGACUAAUACCAAUUGUAAUGACUGCCGAGUUGUUUCCCACCAAUAUUAAGGCACUGGGUUGCACACUGUCAGAUGCCAUGUAUGUGACUGCCGGUGCGUCAUCAGUCUACCUCUUCCACUUUUUGCAUAGAAAUUUCGGUAUGAACGUGCCAUUCUUUCUUUUUGGAUGUUCGUGUUUACUUGUUGGAGUCUUCGUUGUGUUUGUCAUACCCGAAACAAAAGGCAAAACUUUGGACGAAAUUCAGAAAUUACUUAAGGGGGAGCCGUUGUCAACGGGUAAAUCAAAGGAAAUCAAAACAAAUACAGUUCCCUAGUAACCCAGGUGCGCCUCAAUUAAAAAGAACUCAUUAGUGGUUUACUUAAAUGUAUGUCCAUUGCAUAGCAUCAAGUACAGAAAUACACACAGUGCAUAAGUAAA